CAUUCUCUACUUAAGAAACAAUCCGAAACGGUACUGCAGUGAACUCCAAGGUACGUCCGUCCUCAUGCUUCGCCUUGCUAUAUGUGUAUGUUGCCUAAGCUCAAAUCCCUACCCCAUCGAUCGGGUGGAAGAGGCCAGAUGGAGAAGCUCUCUGAUUCCGGACUCGCCGCCUCCCUCCUCCUCCUCCUCGCCUUUCUCUGUUCCUUGACGCCUUCCGCUGCAGACGAUAGCCCGCUUCAAGAUCUGUGUCCCGCGGCGCCGCAAGGAGAAGCAAAGCUCUUCAUGAAUGGCUUCCUCUGCAAGAGCCCCAGCAGCGUCAUGGCCUCCGACUUCAAGACCUCGCGGCUCAACCACGCGGGCGACACCGACAACUUCCUCCGGUCGUCCAUGAACGUGGUGACGGCCGCCGACUUCCCCGGCCUCAACACGCAGGGCCUCUCCAUGGCCCGCACCGACCUGGCCAUGGACGGCAUGGUCCUGCCCCACUCCCACCCCCGGGCGUCCGAGAUGAUGUUCGUCUCCCACGGCACGGUGGUGGCAGGGUUCGUGGACAGCGGGAACCGUCUGUUCCAGCGGACGCUGCGGGACGGCGACGUGUUCGUGUUCCCCCGCGGCCUGCUCCACUUCUGCGUGAACGCCGGGUAUGGGCUGGCGACCACCUUCUCGGUGCUCAACAGCCAGAACCCGGGCGUGAUGAGCAUCGCGGGCGCCAUGUUCGCGCCCGGAUCCGACGUGAUGGAGAAGCUCGUGUCGAGGAUCUUAAGCUUCAAAGCUGGGAACGCCACAGCCACCGUGAGCUCUGUUUGAUAGUGAUGAUGACGUUGUAUUUAUUAUCAUCUCAUGUUGAGGAUGAUAAAUGGAUGAUCUUUUUCUUACCAACACACAAUCAAUAUGCAAAUUGAAUUGGGCUGAUUGCAGAUUUACGUUC